GGAAGUCGGCGAGUUCCCGGGUGUGUGGUCUGUGUCUGUCUGUGUAUCGAAGCGGCGCGCGGCCCGGGACAAACGCUGGGAAAUCCUAUCUGAGGCGUCACCACUGUCACUACCAUCACCCACGGAGCCGCUACUAGAGGGGAGUGGACCCGGCCCUUCGCCGGGCAGAGAAGAUGUUACCCCUGUCCAUCAAGGACGAUGAAUACAAACCACCCAAGUUCAAUCUGUUCGGCAAGAUUUCGGGCUGGUUUAGGUCUAUCCUGUCGGACAAGACGUCCCGGAACCUGUUUUUCUUCCUGUGCCUGAACCUUUCUUUCGCUUUUGUUGAACUACUCUACGGCAUCUGGAGCAACUGCUUAGGCUUGAUUUCCGACUCUUUUCACAUGUUUUUCGAUAGCACUGCCAUUUUGGCUGGAUUGGCAGCGUCUGUUAUUUCAAAAUGGAGAGAUAAUGAUGCUUUCUCUUAUGGGUAUGUUAGAGCGGAAGUUCUGGCUGGCUUUGUCAAUGGCCUGUUUUUGAUCUUCACUGCUUUUUUUAUUUUCUCAGAAGGAGUUGAGAGAGCAUUAGCCCCUCCAGAUGUACACCAUGAGAGACUGCUUCUUGUUUCAAUUCUUGGGUUUGUGGUAAACCUAAUAGGAAUAUUUGUUUUCAAGCAUGGAGGUCAUGGACAUUCUCAUGGCUCUGGCCAUGGACACAGUCAUUCCCUCUUUAAUGGUGUUCUGGAUCAGGCACAUGGCCAUGGAGAUCAUUGCCAUAGUCAUGAAUUGAAACAUGGUGCUGCACAUGGUCAUGAUCAUGCUCAUGGACAUGGACACUUUCAUUCUCAUGAUGGUCCCUCUUUAAAAGAAACAACAGGACCCAGCAGACAGAUUUUACAAGGUGUAUUUUUACACAUCCUGGCAGAUACGCUUGGGAGUAUUGGUGUAAUUGCCUCUGCCAUUAUGAUGCAGAAUUUUGGUCUGAUGAUAGCAGAUCCUAUCUGUUCAAUCCUGAUAGCCAUGCUUAUAGUUGUGAGCGUUAUUCCUCUUUUAAGAGAAUCUGUUGGCGUAUUAAUGCAGAGAACCCCUCCGGUGUUGGAAAAUACUCUGCCUCAGUGCUAUCAGAGGGUGCAGCAGUUACAAGGAGUUUACAGUUUACAGGAACAGCACUUCUGGACCUUAUGUUCGGAUGUUUAUGUUGGGACCUUGAAAUUAGUAGUAGCACCUGAUGCUGAUGCCAGGUGGAUUUUAAGCCAAACACAUAAUAUCUUUACUCAGGCUGGAGUGAGACAGCUUUAUGUACAGAUUGACUUUGCGGCCAUGUAAUGAAUGAAAAGAAAUUAUCCUUUUUGGGGGACCUAAUAUUUCCGGUACUGUACAGUCCAAAACAUUGUACCUUCUUACGACAGAGAAAUCGUCACUACAAACCCCAGCCCCGGGAGACCAGGCAGCCUGCCGUUCAUGCUCUGCCAGGACUUCACAGCUGAGGGAUCGGAAGUAAGAGGGUCUCUCCUGGACUUCCGGUCUUGUCUUUUGUGCUCUUCCCUCCAAACCAUUUUGAUUUCUGAGGUUUCUAAUUUUGUUCCAGGAUGUUAGUUUUUGUUUCCUUUUUUUUUUUUUUUAUUUCAAAAAUGCUCUCACUCCCAAUUCUCCUCCUAGCCAGUAAGAAUUCAGACUGUGGGCCAGCCUCCGGGCAUCUGGAAUGUCUUCUCUGAACCUGAUGGAAGCCCCUGCUUCCUUUCCACAAAACUAGUGUUAUUUAGAAAAAAAAAAAAAAAAAUCAUUUUAUAUGUAAUGUCACAAUUGUUGACGUUCUUCAGUGUAAUCAUAUGUUUGUAAAAUUGUUUGUACCUUGCAAACUUAUGAACCAAACCAUAUUGGGUUUUCAAAGUGCCUUUGUAUCAGGAAAUGUAUUUGCCAGCAUAAAAAUGUACCAUCAAAGGUCACGCAGAUGUUUUUUAAUGGGUGAUUCUAUAAUCUGUACAAGGUGUGAGACUCUUGCUAGUGAUGUGUACCGUCUUUUCCAGUACUUCCAGCAUCGGUUUAAAUACAUGAAAAGUUCCUCUUACUGCUUUACCUCAUCAAAAAACAGAAGGUGUUAUUUUUCUUUUUAAAUUAAAUUCAGCCAUCACAUUGCAUUAUUCUGUGGACUGUUUUCAGAACUUUGCUAAGCAUCUGUUAUAUAGACGGUUGUUUUGACUAACUUAAAACAUCUGCAAAGUCCUAAAUUUCUCUAAAAGCUACUGUGUCUAUGAUAACCCUUGCUGUACGUCUCCUCACUAUGGAUGGGUUUUAUUAAUGAAGGGAAAGGCAAUGGAGAGUGAAGGCAGAGCUGGUUGUGACAAUGAUACUGUUUUUUUAUUAUUCAAAUGCCAAGUCAUACAGUUUGUUCUCCUGUGCAUGCCUUGCACAAAUACAGUUGCUUUCAGAAAUCCUAAAAGCAACAUUUUAUUGAAUUUGAACUAUUAAAGAUACAGAUCAGUUGUGAUAAAACAGGUGUCUUAUAAGUUACCAAAUAAGUUGAUUUCUAGGUUCUUGUGUGUUUGAAAAAUAAAAUUGUAAUUUGAGAUGACAAGUGCUUGAACACUCAGAUUCUCUGGUUUAUGAAGAAAUAUUGAUCUGGUUAGACAUUUACCCAUUGUUCUUCGUUUUAUCAUAACGUAUAUUCCUUUUUAACUUUAAAAAACAGAAUUCCUGGGGGAGGGGAACCCUGCAGGAUGGAAACAAUUAUUUAGAAUGUGGACCAAUAAUAAGCACUUUUUCACUGAUGGGGCAGAAAUUGCUGUUGUCUAAGUUAUCGAGUUACCUUUCUCCCUAUUUCUGAUCUAUAACUUAUGAACUAUAUAGGAAAACGGGACUACUUGAUGCUUUUCUAAAUGCUGCAGAUUGCUACGACCUGUUGACAGUCUCCUUUCUCCAGAUUAAACAGUAUUUUCAAAACAUUUCUGCUUACAGCCAGACAGUUCUAAAGCUAACAAUUCCUGCAGCAGAGUGCGUGUGACAAAAACUGCUGAGAUGUUUAAGGAGGGAAAGUAUAAAAGGAAAUGUCCUGAUGAUUUACUGCUUUUUCAUUAUAAGUCUGAGUAGUCAUUUGGAAGUUUGCAUCCACUCCCGAGCGUGACAGAAGCCUGGGAUAGUCUGCGGGUUUGGGCAUGUUGCGGAAAAUGUCAGUCUAAAUGAAGGCGGGAAGUUUGGAUGUGUGCCUUUAAAACCUAAUAUACAUAAUUGUACUGAUUGUUCACAUAUGGAGACAGUAUUUGCACUGGCCUGUAAAACUGACCAGUGGAUUCUGCAGACCCGGUUCUGCUGGUCACAAAGCCCUCCACUCCCCAGCGAAGUUCUGCAGCAUUUUAACUGCACUCUCCAUACACAAGGGCACGCGCGUGUCGUUUGUUCUUUGAUAAGGCCUUGAGCACACACACCAUCAGACGGAUACGGAACUCUAAGUUUGCACCCGUUACUAGAGGUUGCCAGCUCGUAUCAUUUAGCGGGUUGACAUUAACAUUUAUGCUUUAAUUAAAUGUCCUUAAACCUGCGUGUGCAGCAAGGACAAAUUAGUGUGGGGAAAAAAGCAACUUUGUUCUCACAAAUAUCUGUUCUAACAGAUACUGUCUCAUCUGUGUUUUGGCACAGAGGUAAUGCUAAAACAGCUAAUUCCACUAAGGAACAUUACUUGAUUUCAGUUACAGAUUUGAGAGGUCUCUGUUAUUGGUCUAAGUUACAUAACCCUUGGGGCACGGGGGGGGGGGGGAUGAAUCUCGGAGUAUAACUUUGCCAAUAUUUUAAAAACCAAAAUAUUCUCUGGAGAACAGAGUACUAAGUACUUAGGGAGGUAAACUUCCCCCAAACUGAAAUAUACCUAUAUUAGCUUUAUGUUUUUAAAUCUCGAUUACAUUAUUCAAAGGGCUUACCACAUGUAUGACUUUAUUUUGCUGACUCCCUGUGCACUUCUGUGAGGGAAGGUGUGUCAUUCGUCUGUAGCUCUGUAUUCUUCUCAGUCACCAGCCUGUCUUCUGCAGAGGCAGAAGGAAGUAGUAGUUAGUGGCACUGGGAUUUCCCUUGUAUCCGGAUGCUUGGGCAUUCUUCAAAGCCUGCGCAUCUACACCAGGAACCAAAAUACUGUGAUUUGUGCACCUUUGUAAAGUAGCCCAGUCGAUGACUCCAUAUGCAGUUGAUGAGAGUUCUGUGAAGUGUUUACCUACUACGGGGUCAUCAGUUUUAUAGAGAUUAGUAAUACGGUGCCAUGCUCAUCCAGUGCUGGGAGUUAAGAACAAAAAUAUUCACUAACAUAGAAUCUUAUGUCUAAGGGACUGUCCUUAAAAGCAGUUUCGUUCUACCUCUCAUUUUACAGAUGAGAAAAUUGAAGCCCAGAAAUGCUGUCAUUUACUCAAGGUCACAGAGAUAAUUAGUGGCAAAACCAAGACUAGAACCCAGGUCUUCUGACUCCAAGUCAAGUUCUUUCUAUUUUAUUGUGCUGCCUCUCCAGUGUAAUAUUUGCCUUUCUGUAAAUGUGAUGAAAAAGCAUUUGUAAAUAAAGGAAAGCUGACCUCCAUUUUUGGUACAUUAAGGCACUUUAUAAAUGGAGUUUUACUGUCUUGAUUUUCAUAAGUAAUUAUGAGAUUUAGAAUAUUAUUUCCAUACUUUCAUUAUGAGGUUUAGAAUAUUCUUUGUGGAAGAUAUAAUUUUGUACUCUUUUUUACUCUUCUGAAACCAGUUCCUGACUUUUAAAAUACAAUGACAUCUGUGCUUUGGAUACUUUUAACUUGUGACUGAAUUUUUCUGUUAAUUGCUCAAGGCUAAAUCCAAUUUAAGGAUUGCUUAGUUUCUUUAUUUUCUUUCUAUUCUCUGAGCUGGUACUUUUUAGAAACUAGGCUAAUUCUUACAGACUACAUACCAUUUCAGUCUUGACCCUUGUAAGUUUUGUUACUGGGGAGCUUUUGAAUUUUUAACAUUUGUUCUUAGAGCCACACAAAAUUGGGCAUUAAAUGAAACACAGAACAAAAAACAAGUUUUCAAUUCAUUAGGGUGAAAUUUUGAAGUCUUACCAGAACCCUAGAUGUUCAACUGCUUACUUUCAACAUAAAAGCAUUACCUUGAUUCUUCUUUCUGUUGCCAUCUUCAAAACGAAUUAUUUUCCAGUUCACAAGAACUUUGGCAAAAAUAAAUAAUUUUUUUUGAAGAACACUACAAGUUUUAUUAAUAGAAGAAGAUGGUUUCAAGACAUGAUCCACCAGAAGCCUUAGUGACCUAGAUCUCUAUCAUAGAAUCUAGACAAAUAAAAUGAAAAAUUACAUCUCAAAGUAUUUGCAGAGAAGUAUAGUUAAAAGCCAAAUGGAUGUCACUCUUUUUGAGGAGAGCAUCUGUGGUUUAUGUUUAACCCUUCCCUAACUACAAACUAUCCAGAAAGGGUGGGGGUCAACCUACAUUAGUAUUUGUGUGUCAGGUUCUUCGUGUGGUCUUUUCCAUGUUAUCACGUUUGAAAUCCUCACGUAUCAGUAAAGAAUUUUGCAUGCUUUUAUGAUUGACAGAGCAUUUUCAAAUUCCUUCUCUCCCCCACCCCCCAGUCCCAGGGAAGAAAUUCUUACCUGCAUUUAUUUUACAGAUGAGGAAGCUGUUUUUGGAGAAUUUAAAGUACUUGCCUGAGGGAUAGCCAGUGGUGACGCACUGACGUUAAAUCCAGUGCUGUUUCUGAUGACUGCUCUGUUUUAAUAUUUCAUUCUACAGUGGUUUAAAGACCCAAGAAGUUAUAGCUGACCCGAACAGACUCCCCCCAAAAAAUCAGUGAGCAAUUACCAUGACAAAACAUUAUGGGGGAGCAGUUGUUACAGAUCUAUUGCUUAAAUUCAUUCCUUCGUUCAGUAUUCUCAGGCUUAUUUCCUACCUUUGCCGCUGAAUUUAAACUGUGCAGCAGCCUCCCACCUCCUCCUCGCCCUGUGGGCCCUUUACUAAAAAGAAUGACUAGAAUUCCUUUAAGUGCUUUUAAAAUCUUAAAAAAAAAAAAGUUUUACUGAUGCUCAGAUUAAGCUGCUUAAAAAAGGGAGCAAUUCAGAAGGGAGCCCAUGAGUAAGGAGAACCUGAACUCACCCUGGCUGAGAGAGGUUCACUUAAUUGAUGAGGAAUUCUCUUCCAAGAAGUACAAAUAAUUUGUGCUGCUGGAAGGGGAUCUGAGGACUUGAUUUAUAACAUUAUAUUGUAUAGACACCUUUUCAAGGAAGAAAUCAGUUUCUUAAUUAGUAGCAAUGUAUGCUUAAUAAUACUGAACUUUGAACUCUUCCUGUGGCUUUAAAAAUCUAGUAUUUGCAAUUCUGAUGAUACUGGAAAGUUUGUAGAAAGAAGAAAAGAAAGAGAGAAAGAAAGAAGAAUGUCUUUGUCUCUUCAUCCCAUUAUCCCCAAACUUAACACGAGCUUACAAGCUCAGUGAAUGUUUGGUUAACUAGCGAGUAGAUCUUGUAGACGGUACAAGAUGGAUACAAAAGUUAAGGGCUGUGGACAGAGAGAACCAGUAAUUGAUUGUUUAUUACAGAAGACACCUCAGCUUUUCUUUGGCAUUUUUGCACAAGUAAGUGACAUUGUAUUCACAUUGGCCAUUUUUCCCCCCCAAGGAGCCCAGUGAGCUGCUUCUUACUUAGUUUUAACCCAGGAACAGGAGACCAUGUAUAGAGAGGUUAUCCAUACUGUUGGAUAGGAAUUUGGCCGAAUUGGGCCUGUGGAAGCUGGGUCACUUGAAUUUUUACAUUAUGUAUUGCCAAAUAAGAAACUACACUGCCUCCUUGGUUUCUAUGGAAAAUUGCCAUAUUCGUAUUACUUUAAAGAUAUGUAUAUAACAUACCUUGUUUUAUUUAUCCCCAUAUGUAUGACUGUACAAAACUCUUAGUGGUGUAUCUGAAGGUGCUUCCAAAAAACAAACACUACAUGUUUUAAGUGAUUUAAAUAUUCCUUAGUUUUUAUUUUUUUCUCUUUCCCCUGCAAAUCCUAAAUUUUAGUAGAGCUUCUCUGUAUUUCUUAGUUUUCAUCGCUUCUAAUUAGUUGCUGCUGCCACGGUAAAGUUUCCCCUUUUUUACUAAAUGAAAAGAAAGCUUUAUUUUGAAUUUUAGUAUUUGAAUUUUAUGUACCACAUAUCAUGCAUUAGUUAGCCUCAAUGACGAUUUGGUUUUGAACUAGAUGUAUCCUGUCAAGAAUCUGCUAAGUAAUCCCAUUUCUUCCUCUGAUAGCAAAAUUUCAGUGAUAUUUCUUCCCACUACUUUGCCCCAACACUUGUGAGUUUGAUCAGUAAACAGAAUGGAUCUUUUAUAGCAGAAAUACUGUGAAUUAAAAAUUGCCAAGCCCCUUCUCAGUAUAUUCUGAACACCCUACAACAUUUUACCUCCCUGUCUUUUCCUGCCAAGUUUGAAUUUGGGUUUGAUUCCUUUGGUGAAGAUUAUGGCAUCAAAACAUUUCUCAACAAAUAUUUGCAUACAGGGCUAGAUUGGAAUGUCAAAUUUCAGAUGUUGUAAUUUGGUUUCAAUAUGCUCAAGUGAGCAAUUAUGAUUUGCCCAAGUAUAAGACAAUAAAUCCAUCCUGUACAUUUCACUUUUUCUACUUGAAGACAUUCAUGUAUAUAUUUUAACUUCAGAUGUAUUUAAAAAGAAUAAACAGUUGUGACAAAAUUCUUCCAAUAAAAUUUGCUUCAAAACCUU